UCUCUGUGCAAGAGGGAAACAAUGAGAGGCGACGGUGCUCCCAUUCCGGCCAUUUGAAUGGGCUGAGCUGUGGGUUAGGAUCAGCUGCGUGUCUACAUAUUUUCAUAGUAAUAAUUGUUAGCAUCAUAGUAAUACUAAUACAUUAAAGCAGACAGUGCCUUAUGAAGCUGUGUGUCUCAUCGGAGCGUGUUUGCAACAAAACCGUCCAAGUUCAACUUUUGUAAAGCGGACCUGUCUGGACUAGUUGGAAUCUGCAUGGACUAACAUGAAAAGCCUUAAAGCGAAGUUCAGGAAAACUGAUUCCAACGAAUGGAGCAAAAAUGAUGAGCGUCUCCUGAGCGCCGUGGAGCAUGGAGAGACGGAGAAGGUCACCUCGCUCCUGGCCAAGAAAGGAGCCAGUGCCACCAAACUGGAUGGCGAGGGCAAGUCAGCGCUGCACGUUGCAGCAACUCGGGGUCAGACUGAGUGUCUCGCCAUCAUCUUGGCCCACGGAGCUGAUGUGUGUGUAGUGGACGCUUCAGGUUUUAGUGCUUUACACCUUGCUGCCAAAAACAACCACCAGGAAUGUGCCAAAAAACUCAUACAGAGUAAAUGUGCUAUAGACGCUCUGGACAGUGGUGGGAGGACUGCUCUUCAUUACGCAGCUGCCAACGGGAACAUUGUGAUUGUUCAGCUCCUGUGUGAGCAGAAGUGUCCAGUGAAUUUGAAAGAUGUGGACGGAUUGACGCCCUUGCUGUUGUCAGCAAGACACGCCCACCCAGAGGUCUGUGGUAUCCUGCUGGACUGGGGAGCCCACAUCAACGCCUGUGAUAGAAACGGCAGGAGCGCAGUCAUGCUGGCCGGAGAGAGCGGCUGCGUGUCGGCUGUGGAUCUACUCGUGCGCAGGGGAGCCGACCUACGCCUGCUCGACUCUCUAGGACACGACGUGUUGCACUAUGCCAAGCUGUCGGGAAGCGCCGAGAUCCAAGCCAUCAUCACCGCCGCCCUGCAGCAUCACCCGUCUGAGUCAGAUAAGAAUUCACCCAGAAGCCAGCAGCAUGAGCACACGGCUAAGCUAAACGACGAGAGGAGCACAACCCCAAAAAAACGAAAAGCACCCCCUCCUCCUCCUAUUAGCCCUGUGCAGGUGCUGGAUGUGGUGUCUCCACCGUAUGUCACCCCGAAUGAAACUCCAGUGUCAAGUAAAGGGUACAAAAGGUUCAAUUACAAGGAGGAGGAGCUGAGGAGUGUGUCACUAUUGAGAGAGGAGAUUGAAAAGCUCCAGGAAGAGAAGAGCAUGCUGCUGGAGACCAUUGAAGAUCUGAAGCAGAUUAUGGAGCAGACUGAGCCCAAGACUGAGCGUGCUGGAAACUCAGCAUUGCUUGCAGCCCUUCAAGCCAAGGUGGCCUCACUCUCACUGGAGAACCAGCAGCUUGCUCAGAUCAUCAAGAAGCGUCCACCCCCUCAAGGUGAAGAAGGUCAGGAGGAUUCGCGGCCAAACAGUAUCGACUCUAACACAUCAUACCACUCCACCCGUGCUGAAUUCGAUCUCUCCAGUGAUCAGGAGCUCUCGGACGUUUCGGCUUUUAAGCACGAAGACGUGAGUGAGCCAACAAAGGCUGUGUACGAGGAAGAAAUCGCGCUGCUUAGGGAUGCACUGCAGAGCCUGCAAGUUAAACUGGAUGAGUCGAGGCUGGAGAAUCACUCCCUGCAGGCCAGACUCGAGCUCAACUCUCGCACAGGGGAAAGUGGAAAUGAAGGCCUGUCAGAAAGCACGGCCGUGCUCAAGGCCAAGCUGGUGGACCUGCAGAAAAAGUACCAGGAAGUGGUGUUAGAGCUGGAAACUUUCCGGAAGGAGAGGGUGAGAGUGACACCUGCGGGAUCUCCUAGCCAAGAUGAUCAAGUAGUGCAAAAGAUUCAGUAUUUGAAAAGCUGUCUUGAGCAGGAGGUUAAAGAUCUGAAGACAAAGCUGGCCAAGUUGCAGGAAGAGAAGAUGCAGGACGUUCAGCUGAUAAAAGAACUGAAGUCUCGGCUUGAGAGCGCGAGUCGUCGGGUUAUAGAGGAUGAGCAUGAGGAACUGAAAAACACCUACAGCAUCCUGGUGGAGAACAUCAACCAGGAGAAGGCACUGUUGAUCGAGAAGUACGAGGAGGCUCAGGACGAGAUCAAGAUGCUCCAGGAAGCCCUGCGUGGUACCGUGUCCGUUGAGGCCGCCGCUAAAGACUUUGAUGAGAUGAAGACGGAGAUGGGCGGGAUUAUCGAAGGACUCCAGAAACGGCUUUUGGAGCUCUCGAAAUCCUACAGCGAGACGAAAAACGAACUUGCAGAAGCCCAGAGCCAGCUGCAGAGCAAAGCCCUGGAGACCAAGCAGCUAUCACAGGCAGUGUGUUUGACUAAAGAGCAGCAUGAGGACAAAUUGCAAGAGCUGACACUUAAGAUGAAGGACGUGCAGAAUUCAUUGAAAGACGCAGAAGUCAAGCAUCAGUCAGCGCUGAAAGAGAUUUCACAACUCAAACAGGAUGCAGAAGUUCAGGCCAAGUCCUCAGUGAGCAUUGCAGACCACACUCAGGUUGUGGCCUCGUUAGGAAACUCCGUCAAGAACUUAGAAUCCGAGGUGGACGUCCUUAAACAGCAGCUUACGAAGAAGACCAUGCAGCUGGAUGCCUUACAAAACAGACCUACUGUGGAAAAGGUCAUGAUUCCAGAUGAUUGCGUUUCCAAAGUGGAACAUGAGCAGAUGAGAGAGUCUCUGGAGCGCAAGAUCAAUCAGCUCACCCAGCAUCUUCAGGACGCUUUGAGGAAACAGGAUGAGAUGGCACUAGAGGUGACCGCAGCCUGGCAGGAGGCGAAGGAUGACAAGAACGAGAAGGAGGCAGCGCAGAAGCUCGCUCUAGUGAGAGAUCAGGAGAAUAAUGUGCUGAGUGGGAAGUGCAGAGAGGCCCAGGAAGCCAUCAUGCAGCUUAAAAAGCAGGUGGAAAAUCAUGUGAACUCUGAAAGAGAGAAGAAUAGAAAGAUCGAUGAUCUGUCAAAAGAGGUAGGGAAGUUGAAGGAGGCCUUGAACAGCUUGUCCCAGCUCUCAUACACAACAAGCAGUCCGAAAAGCAGACAGCAGAACCAGCAGGUUGAUUCUCUUCAGCAGCAGAUCAAACAGCUGCAGUACCAACUGGCUGAGUCUAAAAAGAGGCACCAUGAAAUAGUUUCUGUGUACAGAAUGCAUCUCCUCUACGCUGUUCAGGGUCAGAUGGAUGAAGAUGUACAAAAGGCCCUGAAACAAAUUCUGGUGAUGUGUAAAAUACCAUCAGAGGAAAAAUGACAUCGCUGAUAUGUUCCUCCGGAGUCUGACUUAAAUAACAGUGGUAUAAGGAAACUUGCACAUGUAUUGAGAAUAUGUCCAGAUUUUAUGGACUCUUCAGUCCUUCCUGCAUCUCUCCGAAAAAAGAAAAAUGUUGUGAAAUUAUAACUGUGGGUUUUUGGUUUUUUUUUAUUAGCAAGCAUUUGCUUAUGACCGCAUCAGACAAUCAAAUAAAUAAAGAAUAAAGCCGUGACAUUGCGCUCAUGAGUACAUACUCUACAUGUUAUCUUGUAAUGGAACAAAAAAAGAAAAUAUUUUUGUGAGCAUUAAUACAUUUUGAAUCAGAAAUUUUCAGCACACUGCAAGAUUUGUUACUUCAGUUUGCAUAUUUGUGCUCUACGGCAGAAAACCGAAUCAGGAAAGGGGUGGAGCUUAAGUUAUAUUAAUCAGCCAAUGAUAUCACUGUUUUUCCUUUUCACUCAUCUAGCUCAAGUAUUUUCUUUACACAACAUAAUAGUAUAGCAGCAUUAGCUAAGCUAGCCAGUUCAGCUACCAAAGUGUAGCACAACACUGUUAGCCAGCUAUCUGGUUAUCUAACAUUAAACUAGCAGGCUAACUAAAAAAAUUGUUGAAUUUUUAUUUGGUAAAGUUAGCUAAAGUAUUGAGGUGUGAUUGGCUGAUUAGAUAUUAUGUAAGCUUCACCCCCAAUUGUUUGUCGCUUGGCAAAAUCAGCAUGAGCGAAUGCUAGAAACUCGGCACAGUAGCAGAUUCGAAAUGAUGCAGAUUUUCCCAUAAUGAAGUCAUGAAUUAUUAUUUAUUAUCUAGCAAAGAGUGUAAAUGGCCUGAUACACUUCUAAAGAGUCUGACAGACAGACAGCAGCUUCUCAUGAACCAAAACUAUGAUGUCUGUGUGAUGUCUGUGUACAGAGCUAGUGUCAGAGCUAGCAUUUCAGCAGCGCUAUCUGGUGCAGAGUAAAGAAAAUAAGUGAAAGAAGAAAGGAAAAAGUGACUUGAUGUCGAGACAGCAAAGUAAAGCUGUGUUUCUAUGUAUUGUUUAAAAAAAAAAAAUGAAAACCCUAACCCUGCUAGCUACUGAAACAGAGGAUGGAUGCUAACAUUAACAUGCUAGUCACCAUGCCGUGCUGCCUGAUUACUUAAAAUUAGGAAUCCUGUUAUUGUGAGUUAGUAGAGCUCAUCAGACAUCAGCAGAACCUGCCUAGCUAUUCAUAAAUAUUUAUGAUACCUAUGUACUAACAGUAGCUACAUAACUUAUGAGCUAAUCUGACAGAUAUUUAGGAAGAUUUUUAAGUCAUGUACAUUUUCAUAAUCACAGCUAGCUAAUUCGACAGGAUUUCUGACAGGAUAAAUAAGUUAACCUUUCAUGAUCUUCACUUUUAAAAAUAGUCCUUUAACAGCUGAUAACUGUUAACUGUUCAUAAUCUUCAAUGCUAGUGCUAGCCAGCUAGCUAUGUCAACAGCAUCACAUUCACAGCUUAGAAUGUUGUGCUAGCCAGCUAACUAAUUCUACAAGCCAAACUUACAGGAGUUCUGGCAGGAUAUUUAAGUUCUGUUCAUAAACUAACAUCAGCUAACCUGACAGGAAUUUAUAGUGAUACCUUUAUAAAUGUCUGAUCUUCACUGCUCAUGUAGCUAAUAUUGGAUAACAGUAUUAAUAAAAAAAAAUACACACAAACAUUAAAAGCAGGCAAAUCUCCAGUACACUACAAUAUCUAACUACACUACACACUGGCCAUAAUACAUAUGGAUGAUCCUUAGUAGUUAUUAAGCAAUGGAAUUGGACUUUUCGUUGAUUAAUAUAGCUAACUUAAUGGUAGCUAAACCUAUAAAUCCAAUUUACUUUGAGGCAGCGUGCUGAUGUAUUGGCAAGAGCUCCUUCUCUUACUUUAUCUUGGUUGUGAAGAAACUGAAGUUGAAUGAAUUGACUGUUUGGAGUUUUUGGGAUCCACUUUCUAUUCCUAGUGGCUUAAAUUGAAGAAUUUGAGAAGAGACACGCUAGCUAUAUGACCUGCUAGCUAAACAUGGUAGUUAGAUAAGUUUAGAGUGCGGUCUUUGCUAACUAGUAAGCUUCGCAGUGUGUUACCAAGUUAGUGAUCAUCGCAGAUGUUCAGUAGCCUUUUCUGCAGUUUAGCUAAUUAACUAGCAAGCUGAUUAGCAAGUGCUGUUGGUUUACUAGCUGCAGACUGUGAUAAAGAUAGGGAUAUGGAAACGGUGUGUACAGGAAGAUAGAUUAAUAAUAGUGCUAGCAGAUGGAUGCGUUUGACAGAAUGUUGCUUAGGGCUGUGGGAGGCUUUAGCACCAGUGUAGCUUUGACAGAAAUGCCCAUGGAACCAUGCACUUCCCAGACACAGCAGUUUCCCGAUUUCAAUGCCAGCUGGAGUCCCUGCUAACCAGGACAUAAAAACGCCGUGUCCAUGUGCCUGUGCUAAUUUGUAAGGCCUGUUAGGAAGUGUUGUUUGUCCUGUCACACUUAUUUAAACCAGACUAAGCCGUGGGUGCGUGUCCCUGCAGUAUUUUGAAGUACACACUAGCUGCAUGUCAGUUACCUGGUGUAGACGAUUUUUCAGUAUUAGGUUUUAAUAUUGUAACCUUGUUUUUUUUUUGUUUUUUUCCCAUUCGUAUGGACAUGUAAAUAUUUACAGUGUAAACAUUCAUCACAGGGUCAGUAAUGACACUCAGACAAGUGCUUUUCAAAUAUACAGCACACGGCAGUGCUCGCUCUCUUUUUUUCAUAGCUCCUCACAGUGGUCAGAAGGUUGUGAGUUCAAAUCCAGGAACCCAAUAUUAAUUCUUUGCAAAGUCCAUGGACAUAAAAUCUAACAAAUAUGAACAUUACAGAGAUUAACACAAGCUACUUUCAGCUGACAGAAGAUUAUUAUAUCAAACCUUUUAGCCACAUUGCAUAGCAAGGGCUAGUAGCUAGAUUAGCAGUGAUUUAAACUGGGUACAAACGUCCUCCGACUAAAUAUUAGCAGCAGAUAAUAUUAUUAAAGGCAAAAUGACGAAGCAUUUUUUUUUUUUUUUUUGUUAGCAAACAGAUUUUCAGUUUAUAGUCUUUAAAGAGAGACUUGGGACAUAAAUGUAUGGCUUUUUUAAACAGUUAGUAAUAAUUAUUACUGAGGAUUAUAUAAAGAUAAUUUAGUAAAUGCUGUCACAGAUGUGGUGCUACUAUAUAAACCUUAAAUAUAUGCAGUAAAUAGGAUAGUGUUAUUAUUUCAUAUAGAAGUCUUUAUUCUGAAACUAGUUUUAAGAAUGUUGAGUGUGGUUAUGUGCAAUAAAGCCGACUGUGUUAUAACAGUGUAAGGGGUUAGAAUGCUGUUAAUGCGUUGUAGCUUAUCCUAAAAGAUUUAUAAGAGCGAAAGAGGACAAUCCAAGCUCAGAGCUAACAAUAUCAACAGCAGCAGUCCUGGGAUUUUAACUCACAACCUUCUUAUUACUAGCACAACAUUUUAACUGCUUAACCACAACUGUCUGGCUUCACAGAAAAGGUGGUUGUCUAGCCUGCAGUCCUCCUGUUCUACCUACUUUACUGCUUUUUUUUUUCCCCCCUGCCACACACACACACACUCCAGUCUGACUCCAGGGCCUGUUCAUUAACUGAUGAGUCGGAUCAGGUGUGUGAAAACAGAGAAAAUGCCAAAUUAUCAAAGGCCAGAGGUCUGCAGGACUUUACAUUCUGUUCCAUCUCAGUUAUCCUCCAUGACUGGCAUGGUGCAUAAUGCAAAACUGAUUUAAUAAUAUUUUGUGUGUGUUUGUUUUUUUUUGGGGUUUUUUUUCCAGCUUUUGUAAUAGAGAUGUUUUUGAACUUGUCCUGGCAUGUGUUUUUACUAGUUAAUAA